UCCCCAACUUUCACACCUGACCCAGGCGGCGGCGGGCUAUAUAAAGGCAGCCCGGAGGAGGCGAAUCCCUAGUCGCGGAGGAGACAGCUGCCCAGGCGAGGAGGGCCGGGGGCGGUUCUGCAGGCAGGCAACCGACCGACCGACCGAAGCUUGAGCUCGCCAUGAUCCCCGCCACGCUCCACUUCUCGGCGUCCCUGCUCGCUUGCUUGCUCCUGAAAAGCUGCCUGGCUUUCAAGAACGAUGCCACGGAGAUCCUUUACUCGCAGGUCGCCAAAGCCCUGCCGGCCAGCCCGGGCAGCAACAGCAGCACCUUGAAUCAAGCCCGGAACGGAGGCAGGCACCCCGGCCACGCGGGCUUCGAGCGCACCAGUCGUGUUCAAGUUGGCUGCAGGGAACUGAGAUCUACCAAAUACAUUUCAGAUGGCCAGUGUACCAGUAUAAACCCCCUGAAAGAGUUGGUAUGUGCUGGGGAGUGCCUUCCUUUGCCUGUAUUGCCCAACUGGAUUGGAGGGGGUUAUGGGACUAAGUAUUGGAGCAGAAGGAGCUCGCAGGAGUGGAGGUGUGUCAAUGACAAAACUCGCACCCAGAGGAUUCAGCUUCAGUGUCAAGAUGGAAGCACAAGAACCUACAAAGUAACUGUGGUGACAGCAUGCAAGUGCAAGAGAUACACCAGGCAACACAAUGAAUCUAGUCACAACUUUGAAGGACCAUCUCAAACAAAGCCCAUACAUCAUAAAGAGAGGAAAAGAAAUACCAAAUCUAUGAAGCACACCACAAGUUAGAACUUAGCCAUCAGAGUUAUAAAACUUGAACUCCUUAAUAGUCCACAGUUUUUACAGAUAUUGCUGCCUGAAAACACCCAGACUUGUCAUUGUCGCUUCUCAGCUGGGUGUACUUUGACCAAACUCAGAAGGGCACUUGGUGCAUAAUGACCUCUCCAGCAAUCAUCUAUAAUUUCAAGAUGAACAUCCAUCCUGCUCAUUGAACUCUUAUUUUUUCCUGUUUUUUUAAACAGGUGUUGCUAGAGACACUUGAUCAAAUUUUAUAUUGUAGAGAGUUGCUGUUGUGAGUUUUCAUAAAGCAUAUUUUUUUCAGAUCAACACAUCUACUGAUAUCCCCAUAUAUCCCACUGAAAUAAAUUCCUUGAAUUCCAUGGCAGUCAACCAAAAGGCCAAGCAUGUUGAUCCUUCUACCCAAAUGUUUUAGCCACAAUAUGUUAGUAAACAAAAAUUGCAUGACAGCAGCUGAAAAAAUAUAUCUAAACAAAUUUUAUUUAUUUGUCAAUGUAAUUAUUUAAUGAGCUUAUAUGUGUUUUUAAGAUGCCUGUUUUACGUUUCACCACAUUCUCUCCCCCAUGCAUCAAAGUAUUUUCCUAUAAUUUGUGAUCAAAUUAUAUAUACAUUUUGUACAUAAUGUAAGAUAGGUAUUUUUAAUCUUUUGUUAUAAUUUUCAACAAAAAUUUGCAAAAUGUUCUAUAAAUACAUUGUAAAAAUGCAUUUGUAUUUCUAAAGAGUGCAGUUCAAAGGUAGACCAUACUUCACACCAACAUCAUCCUUUUUAAAUAAAAAAUAAAUAAAUAA